AUGGGUCUUGAACGCAAUGCAGAGAGCAGCUCAGCGCUGCACAAAGAGGAUGCGAAAGUCGACGCGCCGAGACGGUAUUCCUUCAGUAAUUUCUGGAAGGGCAGAAGCCAUCAUAUUCGUCGUUCCAGUCGACCGGACAGUCCACAAAUCACCAACACCAGUGUCACAACUCCAGUGGAUAGGACAAGUUCAGAACAACGGAGCCCUGAAAAAGACCUGGCUGCGCAGGUGAAGGCAGAAGAAGAGCCAUGUGAAACGGUGACUGUGUCUAUCCUACGGAAGAGCAACCAACUGGAUCUUGAUUUAAUUAUCUGGGAUGAUUCUUCAAGGGACCGCCUCAAUAUGCAAAGAUCCCUGGUCGAUCUCGAUAACAUGAUCUCACGCCUCCUAGAGGUGGGUUAUUCAAAGCCUACCAAAAGUGUCUGUCUCAAUGAAAGCGAGAUCAUGGCCAUCUGCUCGUCGGCGCGGAAUCUACUGCUGUCGCAGCCCGUUCUUCUGGAAUUAAAUGCCCCGAUCCAAAUAGUUGGGGAUAUUCAUGGCCAGUUCCCGGACCUCAUCCGACUUUUUAAGAUGUGUGGACAACCGCCUUCCUCCAACUAUCUAUUUCUGGGAGAUUAUGUCGACCGGGGUAAGCAAAGCCUCGAAACGAUGCUUCUUCUUCUCUGUUACAAGCUUAAGUACCCGGGAAACUUCUUUCUGCUCCGAGGAAACCAUGAAUGCGCCAAUAUUUCCCGGAUCUACGGUUUCCAUGACGAGUGCAAGCGACGCUCAAGCAUUCACCGAUACUUUCAACUGCCUUCCGAUCGCCGCCAUCGUGGCGGAAAAGAUAUUUUGUGUUCACGGGGGCUUUCCCCCAAUCUGACAAACCUGGAUGAGAUUCGAUAUCUGGCACGCCCGAUUGAAGUACCUGAAUACGGCCUUUUGAAUGACAUUCUGUGGAGCGACCCUGCCAAUAUCAAAGACUGGGGACCCAAUCGCGACCGUGGCGUGAGUUGGUGUUUUGGAAAGGCACCGGUGCUCAAUUUCUUGAAACGCCAUAAUUUGGACUUGGUAUGUCGGUCCCAUAUGGUAGUGGAGGGCGGGUAUGAAUUCUUUGGGAAUCGGUCAUUGGUGACGAUCUUUUCCGCGCCCAACUACUGUGGGGAGUUCGACAAUUGCGGAGCGACUAUGUCGGUCUCUGAAGAGCUUCUCUGUAAUUUCCAGUUGUUGAAGCCGAUCGACUCGAAGAAUUCGAGAAAGAAAGCGAAAAAGGCAGAGGAGUCAACUGUGAGGGAAAAGGCACUGUGA